CCAUGGCAGUCACUACUGAGCCACCAUAAAGAGUGGCUUUUCAUCCAACCUAUACCUGUGUGGGUCCGAACGGCUCCCCUGAUUAAUGGGCUCCGGUGAUGGAGGUGCUCCACGCCGCAGCGCUGUAUCCUCAUUGUUAUUCUACGGACGUAGGUCGCUCACAGCUCAGCAAUCCCACGACAUCUCAUCCAGACCUCCCAACGCAUCCUUCAGCUCCGGCGCUUCAGUUUAUAUCUGACAGGCGCCUCUGUGGGGGGAGCGAAGGUCCUUCUGCGAAUCGCAGAAGCGGGUCGCUGUCUGGUCCGAGCUCACAGGACGUUGUGGGACCGACCAGGCGGCGUGUGCUUGGGGGUCGCUGCGAUCGAAGACUCCGCUAAAUCAAGGUCCAUCGGAUGAGAACCAUGAGCAAAGUGGGGGAAGAGUUGGACCAAAUGAUACCAUGAAGAGAAGCCUGCAGGUGCUGCUCUGCCAGCUGCUGAGUGUUCUCGCGAUCCUGCCCAAACAGGAGGCCUCAGAACAGGAGCCCUUGCAUGAAUCCACAGCUGCAACCUCCACGCAGCAUUCUGUCCUCUCUGUGGGCCUGCAGAGUGUUCCCGAAUCCGGCCCCGUGGAGCCACCCGCGAGCCAGAGCAGCGUACGGCCUACAGUGGCCUUCAGAUCCCCCGCUGCUAAGCCGCCAACACUCGCUUCUCAGUCCGCACGCAGCACACUGCCGUACGUCGUCACCUCGCAGAAGGCAGCCGUCACCCCUCGUUUGGAAAACAAGGGAGCUGCAUUCUCUCCACCCUCCCUAAGCCACCCGGACGCUCCCCUGUCAGCUCCCCCCACCACAUCCAUUGUGACCAGCAAUCCCAGCCACACUGUGACAGGAAAUGACAUCACGACGCACGGCGCUGCAGAUGCGUCUCCCAGGCUCGGCAUGGGCGAGGGGCCUCGUUCCAUGCAUCACCCAGACAAAGGCAGUGCGAACGUAGCCUCACCCUGGAGGCAUUCCCCCACCACUGUGGCCCCCUACGUUGCCACCAGUUUCCUCAACAGACUGGUCCCAGUCCCUGAAUCUGGACCCACUGGCCCGGGCUAUGACGCGCCGCACUCACGGGGCACGCUCUGCCUGGACAAGGCCAACAUAGCAUGGCUGGUGCUGGCCAUCACCGUGCCAGCUUCCUCCUGCUCCGUGCUCCUGACCAUCCUCUGCAUGAGGAGGAAGAAGCGGACGUCCGGCCAGGAGAACAACCUGAGCUACUGGAACGAUGCCAUCACCAUGGACUACUUCAACCGGCAUGCGGUGGAGCUGCCACGUGAGGUGCAGGCGCUGGAGACGGUGCAGGAGCACGGAGCCGGUGUGCCCCCCAGUGGACACUUCACUGACAACGGCAUGGUGCUGAUCAACCCAUUCUGCCAGGAGACUCUGUUCAUCAACCAGAACACAGCAACAUCGUGAGACCGAAAAAGAGAAAGCCACCGUAUUUCCAAAGGUUUUCAAAAUACUGGCAUAUGUGAUAACCUGUAAUAAACGUGUGUUAUAUGUAGAAACCAGCACACAUAUUGUGAAAAUGGAGGAUGAGUGCUAUAAGGGUGCCCUGUGUAUUUUUCCGACGUGCUUUUUCUAUCACAGCUUAAUUGUAAAAUACAUUUAUAUGUCUUUUUUAGAAGUAUCCUUUCCUUGUUUUGUUAUAAGAUGAAGAUUAAAUGCGUAGCAUAUAUGCUGUAGAGGGAUAAAAAGAUUAUAAUUAUGAGACUAUAUGAUUCUGUAACCCAAGAUUAAAAAAAGCCUGCUGAACUUGAAAUCCACUAGAAGACCUGGGAUGCUGAGGUGGCCUCCAGCUGCAGAGGAAGGUCAGCUUCGCAGUGAUAGCAUUAGCCGCUGGAGUGUUUCUGCAGAAACAAAAGCGCCGGGUGAAUUUUGACUUCUGAGGCCAGUGUGACGGCCCUUGGACGGGCUCCUUGGAAGACAUGGGCUACAGGAAUACGCAGAGCCUGGCUUUCAUAAGUGGCACCUGUGAGAUCACACCAGAGGGCAGAACCCUGAACGUCUUAAGCAUACUUCUGUAUGUACAUGUGCUCCUAUGUCUUUUGUCUCCUCAUCCUGGUGUGUGUGUGUGUGUGUGUGUGUGUGUGUGUGUGUGUGUGUGUGUGUGUGUGUGUUCAGUAUGGUGCAUGUGACCAUGCAGGUUUCCUCUGGAGUAAGGUUUCUUUUCCACAGGGAGGACGGAAAGUGACCUCUGGCUCUGAUUUGGGAUGGACAUCCCUGACCCUAUUCUGUCCUGCGAGACACUGAGACCAAAAAGAGCAAAUGAUGCUUAUUAUUGCACUGCACUGUUUCUGAAAGCGAGGUUAACGCUGACUUGGCUCACAAAGAGGCAAUCAGCCAAUAAGAGCACUGGACGUCUCACGUGGGCCUCACAAAGAGGCAGUCAGCCAAUAAGAGAACUGGAUGCCUCACAAAGAGGCAAUCAGCCAAUAAGAGCGGUGGAUGCCUCACGUGAGCGCACACCGGCAUUUCUGAUUGGCCUGUGGUUUCUGAUCGGUAAGACACACCAGUUAAUGGAGGACAGGUAUAUAUAUACUGAGACUCACUGUGUUGUGUGCAGUCAGGAAAAAAACAAAGAAUAACAGACAAUUACUCCAUAAAUUUUAUUUGUUAGGUUUUCUUUUAACAUGUUUUAUUUUUCAUAGGAUUUCUCACUUAUCCAUCAUGUAUUGAAGGUGGUUUUAGGUUUCAGACACUGAUAGAAUAGAAAGAAGGCAGAUUUUUAAAAUUCUAAUUAUUAUUUUUAUAUAACACACCGAAUAAACGUUGGAUGUUAACCUUAUAUCUAUCUGCCUUUUCCUUUUGUAGUGUACAAACUGUGGUUUUUCACCGUCAAGCAAUAAACGACAUAAGAUUGU